AUGGAUAUUAUUAAAUUAAUCUGCUUAGUAGAGGGAGCCGAUCCAUAUGAGAAUUGUUUUUAUGCUGCGAUCAACAAGAAGGAAUCUGUUAUUGAACUUAAGAAAGUUAUAAAGAAUGAAACGAAAAUUUUUUUCGCCUCUGAAUCGUGCUGUGAUCGAAUAACGUUUGGAAGAGUCUACAAAACCAUUAAGUUAGGAGGUACAAGAAUUGAGAGAAAAGCUAGCAGCAAUACAGACUCAAGUUGGAAGGAUAUGUGUGAAUUAUAUACCCAUUUGGAAAAGGCAUUUGGUCUUAAGGGCUCAAUAAUAGAUCAUAAGUUUGUUAUUAGAAAUAAAGAAAUAGAUAUUGGUUGGCCAAAAAAGGAAUUUAUCAAUUUCAUUGAAUUAAACAAAUGCUCGAUUAAUAAUCCAGUCAGAAUAUUUGACGUUAAGAAAGGUACUAAAAGAUCAUACAUGAAAAUUCUGGCUGAUUUGCCGGCACCAUCAAAACUUGGAGAACCUAAUGAAUGGUUCAAGCAGCAAAAAAAUGAACCUAUUUAUCUUAAUCAUCGUCUAUCAACAGCCUCUAGCAUAACACCUGUUAGCUUGUAUUGUCUGAUUUUUGGAUGUUUUCAGGAUUUCUGUGAAGAAGUUCCAGAAUUUGAAGACAAUCUUUUCACUUACACAUUUUGUAUUGAAAUGGCAAAAUUUUAUGAGAGCAAAGAAGAGCGUCAAGUUAUCUCAAACAAAAUGUUAUCUAGAUAUUUUAACUGCAACGUUCAACUAAUUCAGCUCAAUAAUAAUUGCAGAACUGAUGGCACUAUAAGUUAUUCUGGUCUUAACGCGUAUCGUAUGCUUAAUAUAGAAUACAAUAAAGAACAAUGUAGUUCCAGCACCUAUCCUCAUCUUGAAAGUUGCGGAUAUUAUUUAGUUUUCUGCAAGGAACAAGAAAACAAUCCAUCCAUUCAUGUGACCAAUUUUCCUUGCUUUUUAGUUAUAAUUGCAGGACCUUUCUUUUCUGUAUUUGGCACUGUGCUUCUGGAUAAAGCUGUAGUCGAUUCGCUUACUCCUAAGUCACUCAAACUUUUCGAUGAACACUAUAUACAAGUUGAUGAAUUAGUUCAAUGCACCCCUCAAACUGAUUAUCUCUCGCAUCCUUCAUUUCCAGAAGUGACUAUAAAUGAUAAAUCUUAUAACAUACAGAUUAAUUUUCAAGUUGGUAGUUAUCUUCUUUGGGAAGUUACAUUCUUAGACGAACAAGGAUCAUAUUCAAAAGCUUAUGUGAAAGCAGUUCGAAAGCAUCAAUACUCACUUGAUACACACCAUAUUUUAGCGAAAGUUGGAUAUGCUCCAAAAGUCAUUGCUACUUCAUUAAUUCCUGGAAAAUGUCUUUUGGUUUAUAUGGAAAUCCUGGGCGAUCAUUCAAUUUUAAAGCACGCUACCUCUAACCUUAAUGAUCAAGCUCGAAGUUCUUUAAGAGAGAAAAUUAAAAUAGUUGUCAAGCAUUUGCAUGAUUCAGGACAUGUGCAUGGAGACUUACGUGAAGGUAACAUUCUAAUUCAUCAGCUUAAGGAAAACAAUUUUGAUGUGAAAUUAAUUGAUUUUGAAUGGUCUGAAAAGGCUGGCUUUGCACGUUAUUCACAUUUUAUGAAUCAUGUUGAUAUUCAAUGGCCAGAUGGAGCGAAAGAUGAGAAACUUGUUACAAAAAACCAUGAUCUCGUCAUGUUGAAUCAGACUUUUCGGCAAACAAAUUUGUUGUAA